UUGCGCAGGCGCCCUGGGCUUCUAAUUUUUUUUUUUUUUUUUUUUUUUUAAUCCCCGCACCAAGCGCUUAACCUCAUUGGGGUGGAGGAGAAGGCGGCGGCCGUCUGGUCCGCAGCGGCAACAGGAGCGAAUAAUACGGCCAAUGGACUGCUGAAUUAUGAAGUAUUUCAGACCCAGGAGGAGAGCGUCACUCUGCCACUCACUCCUUUCUCCUCUACUAGUUAUUUAAAUUGGACUUUUAAUAUCCUCCCAGCUGCUCUUCAGCCACACAUGGUGCAUUGCUGCCAUUCCCCGGAUUGCAUCUUUGACACACAGGCUCUUAGUAACCUUCAGCAAACAAAGAGGCCGCCUCCGGGGGCCGCUCACGGGGAGGGCGUCACCCCCACCGCCCUCUAGCUUCUGCGGCUCUGGAUUGGAAUUCCGCCAUGGAGCCUCGCAUGGAGGCCUGCCUGGCACAGGUGCUGCAGAAGGAUGUGGGGAAACGACUGCAGGUUGGCCAAGAACUGAUAGACUAUUUCUCAGACAAACAGAAGUCUGCCGACCUCGAGCAUGACCAGACCAUGUUAGACAAACUUGUGGAUGGACUCGCUACCUCUUGGGUGAACUCUAGCAAUUAUAAGGUGGUUCUCCUGGGCAUGGACAUCCUGUCCGCGCUGGUCACCCGGCUGCAGGAUCGGUUCAAGGCGCAGAUCGGUACAGUGCUGCCGAGUUUAAUAGACAGACUGGGAGAUGCUAAAGACUCUGUGAGGGAGCAAGACCAGGCCCUGCUGCUGAAGAUCAUGGAUCAGGCUGCUAAUCCCCAGUACGUGUGGGACCGGAUGCUGGGCGGCUUCAAGCACAAGAACUUUCGCACCCGGGAAGGCACGUGUCUCUGCCUCGUGGCCACCCUCAACGCCUCUGGAGCUCAUACGUUAACACUAAGCAAGAUCGUGCCACAUAUAUGUAACCUACUAGGAGAUCCCAACAGCCAGGUUCGAGAUGCAGCAAUAAACAGCUUAGUGGAAAUUUACAGACAUGUAGGAGAACGUGUGAGGGCAGAUCUCAGUAAAAAAGGAUUGCCACAGUCCCGGUUGAAUGUAAUUUUUACAAAAUUUGAUGAAGUCCAAAAAUCUGGAAACAUGAUACAGUCUGCGAAUGAUAAAAAUUUUGAUGAUGAAGAUUCUGUGGAUGGUAAUAGACCUUCUUCCGCCAGCUCUACGUCGUCCAAAGCUCCAGCAAGCUCACGGAGAAACGUUGGAAUGGGGACCACCCGUAGGCUCGGCUCCUCCUCUCUUGGAUCCAAGUCUUCAGCUGCAAAAGAAGGAGCUGGUGCUGUUGAUGAAGAGGAUUUUAUUAAAGCAUUUGACGAUGUGCCUGUAGUCCAGAUUUAUUCCAGCCGAGACCUUGAGGAGUCCAUAAACAAGAUUAGGGAAAUAUUAUCUGAUGACAAGCAUGAUUGGGAGCAAAGAGUAAAUGCUCUAAAAAAGAUUAGAUCUUUACUCUUGGCUGGUGCUGCCGAGUAUGAUAACUUCUUCCAGCACUUACGGCUUUUGGACGGAGCCUUUAAACUGUCCGCUAAGGAUCUACGGUCUCAGGUAGUGCGGGAGGCUUGUAUCACGCUGGGGCAUCUGUCAUCAGUGCUGGGGAAUAAGUUUGACCAUGGAGCUGAAGCCAUUAUGCCAACUAUCUUUAAUUUAAUUCCAAAUAGUGCCAAAAUUAUGGCCACCUCUGGUGUUGUAGCUGUUAGGUUAAUCAUCCGGCACACACACAUCCCUAGGCUAAUACCUGUCAUAACAAGCAACUGUACCUCCAAGUCUGUUGCAGUUAGAAGGCGCUGCUUUGAAUUUUUAGAUCUACUUUUACAAGAAUGGCAGACACAUUCAUUGGAACGACACAUAUCAGUAUUAGCUGAAACGAUAAAGAAGGGAAUACAUGAUGCUGAUUCAGAAGCAAGGAUAGAAGCCAGAAAGUGUUACUGGGGUUUCCACAGUCACUUCAGCAGGGAAGCAGAGCACCUGUACCACACGCUGGAGUCCUCCUACCAGAAGGCCCUGCAGACCCACCUAAAGAGCUCGGACAGCGUGGUGUCACUGCCGCAGUCAGACCGCUCAUCCUCCAGCUCCCAGGAGAGUCUCAAUCGGCCGCUCUCAGCCAAAAGAAGUCCUACUGGCAGUACCACCUCCAGAGCUUCCACGGUCAGCACCAAGUCCGCAUCCACCGCGGGGUCCCUGCAGCGGUCUCGAAGCGACAUCGACGUGAAUGCAGCUGCCAGCGCCAAAUCCAAGAUCUCCUCGGCUGCCGGCACAGCACCCUUCAGCUCGGCGGCGGCCUUACCUCCGGGCUCGUAUGCGUCCUUAGGUCGGAUCCGCACGCGACGGCAGAGCUCUGGGAGUGCCACCAACGUCGCCUCUACACCUUCCGACAGUCGGGGCCGCAGUCGCGCCAAAGUGGUCUCGCAGUCCCAGCGAUCCAGAUCUGCUAAUCCUGCUGGUGCUGGCAGCCGAUCCAGUUCCCCAGGGAAAUUGUUGGGAAGUGGUUAUAGUGGCCUUACUGGGGGUUCCUCAAGAGGCCCGCCUGUGACACCCUCUUCAGAAAAACGAAGCAAGAUUCCCAGGAGUCAGGGAUGUAGUCGAGAAACAAGUCCAAACCGCAUAGGAUUAGCACGGAGCAGCCGUAUCCCUCGACCCAGCACGAGUCAGGGGUGCAGCCGCGAUGCCAGCCGUGAGAGCAGCCGGGAUACGAGCCCUGCUCGGGGCUUCACGCCGCUCGCCUCUCGACGUCAUUCCAGGUCCACUAGUGCUCUCGCCACGGCUGACUCUGUGGGGCAGUCAGACCGCUUUGGGCUCGGCCAGGCAGGAAGAAUUCCUGGUUCUGUGAAUGCCAUGCGGGUUCUGAGCACCAGUACAGAUCUGGAAGCUGCUGUUGCUGAUGCUUUGAAGAAGCCUGUGAGGAGAAGAUACGAACCCUAUGGGAUGUAUUCUGAUGAUGACGCCAACAGCGACGCCUCCAGCGUGUGCUCGGAGCGCUCGUAUGGCUCCCGGAAUGGGGGUAUCCCCCACUACCUGCGCCAGACUGAGGACGUGGCUGAGGUGCUCAACCACUGUGCCAGCUCCAACUGGGCUGAGAGGAAGGAAGGGCUGCUGGGUCUGCAGAACCUGCUGAAGAGCCAGAGAACGCUGAGUCGAGUAGAAUUGAAAAGAUUGUGUGAGAUUUUCACCCGAAUGUUUGCUGACCCUCACAGCAAGAUUGCUGAUUCAGAACAUGAGGAUAAAGAAGGAAAUUUGUUUACAUCAGAAGGCUCUUGUACAAGAGUUUUCAGUAUGUUUUUGGAGACCCUUGUGGAUUUUAUAAUAAUUCAUAAGGAUGACCUGCAAGACUGGCUUUUUGUUCUUCUCACACAAUUACUGAAGAAAAUGGGAGCGGAUUUACUUGGAUCUGUGCAAGCAAAAGUUCAGAAGGCUCUUGAUGUCACAAGGGACUCCUUUCCAUUUGAUCAACAAUUUAACAUUUUGAUGAGAUUUAUUGUGGAUCAGACUCAAACUCCUAACCUCAAGGUCAAAGUUGCAAUCCUGAAGUACAUUGAGUCUCUCGCCAGGCAGAUGGACCCAACAGAUUUCGUAAACUCUAGUGAGACAAGGCUUGCUGUUUCUAGAAUUAUAACCUGGACAACAGAACCAAAGAGUUCAGACGUGAGAAAGGCAGCACAAAUUGUGCUCAUCUCUCUGUUUGAAUUGAACACUCCUGAAUUUACCAUGUUACUUGGUGCCUUGCCAAAAACAUUCCAGGAUGGUGCCACCAAACUCCUGCAUAACCACCUCAAGAAUUCCAGUAACACCAGUGUGGGCUCUCCAAGCAACACCAUUGGCCGGACUCCCUCCAGACACCCCAGCAGCCGGACCAGCCCCCUGACCUCACCCACCAACUGCUCCCAUGGUGGCCUGUCUCCAAGUCGGUUAUGGGGUUGCAAUGCCGAUGGGCUGUCGAGGCACCCACCUCCCUUUCCUCAGCCUAACUCCAUCCCCACCGCUCCCUCCCACAAGACUCUCAGGCGCUCUUACUCUCCCAGCAUGCUGGACUAUGAUACUGAAAACCUGAACUCUGAAGAAAUCUAUAGUUCUUUGCGUGGAGUGACAGAAGCCAUUGAAAAGUUUAGUUUUCGAAGCCAAGAGGAUCUGAAUGAGCCCAUUAAAAGAGAUGGCAGAAAGGACUGCGAUAUUGUGUCCCGUGACGGUGGCAUCGCCUCCCCUGCCAUCGAGGGCCGGGGCGGCAGCGAGGUGGUGGAAGGAGGCCGGACGGCUCUGGACAACAAGACCUCCCUCCUCAACACCCAGCCCCCUCGCGCCUUCCCAGGGCCACGGGCACGGGACUACAGCCCCUACCCCUACUCAGACACCAUCAGCGCCUAUGACAAGACAGCCCUGAAGGAGGCCGUGUUCGACGACGACAUGGAGCAACUGCGAGAUGUGCCCAUUGACCACUCAGACCUGGUGGCAGACCUCCUGAAGGAGCUGUCCAACCACAACGAGCGGGUGGAGGAGCGGAAGGGCGCAUUGCUGGAGCUGCUCAAGAUCACGCGCGAGGACAGCCUGGGCGUCUGGGAGGAGCACUUCAAGACCAUCCUGCUGUUGCUGCUCGAGACACUCGGGGACAAGGAUCAUUCCAUCCGAGCAUUGGCUCUCAGAGUGUUGCGGGAAAUCCUGAGAAACCAGCCAGCGAGGUUUAAAAACUACGCGGAGCUAACGAUCAUGAAGACACUGGAAGCCCACAAAGACUCCCACAAGGAGGUGGUGAGGGCUGCCGAGGAGGCCGCAUCCACGCUGGCCAGUUCCAUCCACCCAGAGCAGUGCAUCAAAGUGCUGUGCCCCAUCGUCCAGACAGCCGACUACCCCAUCAACCUGGCCGCCAUCAAGAUGCAGACCAAGGUUGUUGAGAGGAUCGCCAAGGAGUCCUUGCUGCAGCUCCUCGCAGACAUCAUCCCAGGCCUGCUGCAGGGUUAUGACAACACCGAGAGCAGCGUGCGCAAGGCCAGCGUGUUUUGCUUAGUGGCAAUUUAUUCCGUAAUCGGAGAAGAGUUGAAACCUCACCUGGCACAGCUCACGGGGAGCAAGAUGAAGCUGCUCAACUUAUACAUAAAGAGGGCGCAGACCACGAACAGCAACAGCAGCUCCUCCUCUGAUGUCUCCACCCACAGCUAAUGCAACGCCAGAAUCUCUGUGUAGCCCUGGAAGCAAUCGGUGGUGUCUCAGAGACCUCCCCUCCACUCCCCCUCCAACCCCCCAUCGGCUGCCCAGUCAGUACCAGGAGGCCCACAAAUAUUUAUUACAAUCAGUAUUUUGAUCCCUUCCAGCUUUUGUGUAGAAUCAUACUGGUAUUGAAUGUAAGGGAAGCAAGGCCUGUAUUUCAUCUUCCUACAGAACAAAACAAAAGGAACAAGAGAAGAGCCAUACUCAAACCGUCUCGUCCAGCCUGCUGAGGUUGUAAAACCGUGUGUGUGGGGUGCAGUUCUUAAAAGUCAGAGCUCUCUAGCUGAUACAUGGUAGAAAGUAGCGUUUUCUCUUCAGUUAAUAACAGGUUUGAGGACGUUGUAUUGAGUUGUGUUUCUCUUUCAUUCUGGCUCCCUUCCCUCUGGAUCUGGCCUUUGUGGGGCAGAGCCCACACCCCUCACAACUGACACCACGAAAGGGUUUUAUAUGUUUUAGGUUGCAUUUUGAGACUACUAAGAAUAUGAGCCAAGUCUUGGCAAGAAAUGAGAAAAAAGCCCGAAGAUGGCCUUUUAACGAACAUGUCGUAUUUUGCUUACACUCUGCAGCCUGGGGGCUGGCACCGUUCACUGCCUCCUUCCAGGAUGGGCUCCCGGCUCCUCAAACAGCCCCACCAAUGCCACCCCUUCCCCAGAGCUGCCGGGGCAGAGAUCUGUGACAGUUGAGAUCCAAACACAGAAAUCCAGGUAAACGAUAGCCUCAGCUAGUGUGUGCUUGAAGUGGGACUUCACGCAGCAUUGAAAACACAAGAGGAGCUGCUGGUUUUACUGCUGAGAUCCUGGGAAACACUAUGGAACAGCACUGCCCCUGGAGGCUCAGGUCUAGUGCCGUCUUGUCUCCUUUCCCCAAGCUGCACCCAAGCUGCUUGAUUCCACAGCGUUCUGUCAGUCUGAUAAUUGGCAACUCUGCCAUCUCAGUUUUGACUUCUUUAAUUUGGGAUUGAGAUCAAAGAAAAAUCUAAAGAGACCAGGUUAUCAGGAUCAUUUUUUUAAGUUUUGUGAACUGAAGUACGUCCUCGAUCAUCUGUUGAAAUAAUCAUGGUUUAAGGAAAAAGUAAUUAUGAUGUGCAGCAAAUUGCAGAAAAACAGGAUUUGAACCAGUUUAGAGUCUGUUUUUCCUUCAGUGAGAAACUUACCCUUUAAAAUGUUUUCUUGAGGGUUUCAUUGCUUCAGUAAAGUUAACUACAGAUGUCAAGUCUGUAUAACUUAAGUUUCAAGUAGAAUUCUUCAAACCAAAUGGAAAUUCUUUUUGCAAUCAUGGAAACAUUUUAGACUCUCUGAACUGGUUUUUCCAUAUUUCCUUAUGGAAAUUCGUUCAGUUCUUUUUCCCAUGCCUGUUCUGAUGUUAAUUUUUAAUGAGGUGUUUGCUGCUCAGGUGCAGAAUCUCGACAACUGCCAGUUUGUAUGGUUCCCGCCUCUGAGCUCUAGCUUGACGUUGGAAGUCGUGAAAGACACUGUAGCAGAACAUAACUUGUUUUCAUUCAGAAUUUAUUUUAGAUACUUUAUUGGAAAUAGGCACUGAAAAUGGAGGUCCAGGAGCAGUGAGGCUGGGGUGCCUUCACUGCGUGCGUGUGUGUGUGGGUGUGUGUGUGGGUGUGUGUAGGGGGUAUCCUGCACGUGUAGGAGGUGCCCCGCUGCUGCUGUUGAGAGAACUUCAGGGGUGUGUUUUAAGUGAUCAAACAUUGUUGACUCUUGGCUCAAAACAGCAGGACCAGGCCUUACUUCCAUUGAUAAAUACCAUUUGUUUGUUCAUAUGUCGCUUUCGGGGUUUCUUUCUUACCCCCUAUAAACAACUCCCAAGUGUCUGAUGACUCUUCUGGGGCAGAAACUGUGUUUUUUCCUGCCUAGUGUGUGUAGAAAGGCCUUUCUCCUUCCCCUUGUGGACACCCAGGUUGCUGCGGCCCCUUACCCUGGAGUCAGGAAGGACCUUGAGCAUGGCCGCGUGUCCUCCUGGCGCUCACAAAGGGCUCGCCUUGAAUGUCACUUGCCCAACCUCGGUCUCCCAACGCAGAGGGAGCCGCCACCCCCAGGUCUCUGGGCCUUCUGGGAGGAGACUCGCAUGCAGCCACAACCUCAGGGGGCCAGCCCCUCCAACCGACAGCUGCAACUGCCCUGCCUGGCCGCCGCCUCCCCGCAGGCCUCCUGUCUGGAUGAAACAACAGAACACAAGCGAGCAAAGCACCCAAAACUCUUGUCUGCCUCCCCUGUUCGCCUGACUGUCUGGGGCCCCGAGAAGCCCACUGAUGCCACCACUGGGGCCAGGUCGCCUGGCUCCUGCUUCCCCUCCCACUGUGGCCCGCGGGAGGCACACGGCCUUCCUGGGGCACCGUAGCCACAGGCGCCUGCCGCAGCCCCACUAGCUUCUCAGUCAUGCAGGCAAUGCAGCUGCGCCUGAUUUGUCUCCUAAAUCUUUUUCUUUCCCCGCCGCCCUUUAUUUAUCAAGCAUAAUAUUACACAUUAAAGAAGAGCAAAUAAGAACUUUGUAGAACCUCACCAGGACUUUGCUAACGAUGAUAUUUGAAAAUGAGAACAAUGCUCUGAAAAAUAUCCACCACCAAGAUAGUUUUGUUGGCACUGUUCACACGCAUGGUCCCCCACAUCCCCAGGUUGGGUUUUUGUUUUUUGGUUUUGGUUUUUUUGGGGGCUUUUUCAUGUUACAUCCAUAUCUGUAUUUAUAUCUUAUUUGUUUCACUUUCAAGUGUAUCAUGGCAAAUGUACAGAUUUUCUUUUUUUUGUUAAUAAUGUGCUAGGAUUUGCUAAAAAAGGAAACACAAAAACCCUUUUGAGUUUGCCCUAGAAUAAAUGAGACUUAAUUCAG